AUGCUCUAUCCUUUUGUGUUUCCUCUUUUCCGUCUCAAUCGUCUAAACAAUUUCUCGUUCCAGGAGGAGGAUCGCGACACCAUGCGUGAGAUGCAACGUGACUUGGAGGCCGCCAACAAGACGUGCCGGAUUCUGCAGUUUAAAUUGCGAAAAGCCGAACGUCGAUUUGAACAGUGCGAGGCGGAGAGAGCCACUUUGGAGGAAAGAACAGCACGUCUCGAAGCUGAUCUCUACAGCGAGGCAGACAUGUCGCACAUCCGCAGUCUUGAGGUAGGCUUUUCGUCGAUUCUUUUUCGGCAUCGCCAACCUUGUGAUUGA